UGUAAUACUGUACUAUUCAUUUCAUUCAUUUCUGACAGCGCUCUGACACCAACAGUUGCUUGAGGAUUCCUAGAACUCUGACUCACUGUGUUUCCCUGUGCAACAUUUGAGUUUUUUGAAAUCUAAGUAUUUAUAAAAAAUUUUAAUAGUGAAAUAAUUUUAAGUCAUUUAGAGAGCUGGGCAUACCUAUUAGCAAACUAUCUAUUCAAAGCUCUCCAUUGCACCAUCCACUCAGUGACAUGUGUUUAAAAGUCUGAGUCACACACCUAUCUAUCACAUACCUGCCACACUACAGUAGCUGUGAUCUUUCUCACACAUUUGGCAAAUCUCCAUCCACCUGAUACAUUUGGCCUUGAAAUCACCCAUAAAUGACCCACGCACACACAGCAAACAGGGCAUUUCGUGAAUGAACAUGAGGACUUUCAUGGCUUUAUUAAUGGUUCUCCUGCUUUGCCAUCUUUGCAGGGCCCAAAUAAACAGCAGCGACAAUGAUUCUUCUGAUGAGACAGAUUUGGCUGACACACAGAGGCCCAGCAUUGAGGGAAGUGAAGACGAUCUGGUGCUUCAGACUGACAUCUGGGUUGAGCUGUUGGCUCUGAGAGACUUGGUGGUGGAGCAAAGUGUAGAGCUUAGAUACUUGAAAGACAGAGUAACAGUUCUGGAUAGCCUGGUGGAGGACUUACAGAAAGAAAAUACAGUCAUGGAGGCCAGGAUGACUGCGGCUGAGAUCCUGGUUGAAGAACUGCAGAUGAAGAAUGAUGCUCAAGCUAGAGAUCUUGCAAUAGCUCAGCAGAAUAUCAGCUCUAUCCAGGAAACACUGACAGUCUGUGAACUUCACGUGGAGGAGGUGGAGAAACAGCAGGAAGCUCAAGCUAGAGAGCUUGCAGCAGCUCACCUGGAGCUCAGUGCUAUCAGGGAGACGCUGACAGUCAAUGAACUUCGUGUGGAAAUGCUGGAGAAACAGCGGGAAGUAGUGAAAGUGGCUUUUUCUGCCUCCCUCCUGGCAUCUGGUGAAGGUAACAUUGAAUAUGGCUCAGAAUUUGCAACACUCAUCUUCAGAAAUGUCUUUACCAACACUGGAAACCACUACAACCCAAACACAGGUUAUUUCACUGCACCAGUAAGAGGAGUCUACUACUUUAGAUUUACUGGCCAUAUGGCAUACUCUGAGAAAUAUAUGAGGAUGAGGCUUGUCAAAAAUUCUAAUGCCAUGGUUUUCAUAGGGGACUGUAAAACUCCAUCCACUGAUCCUGAGGACAAUGCAUCCAAUGGUGUGGUGUUGCAGUUAGAAGUGGGAGAUGUUGUUUCAGUACAACUGUCUGAUAGUGUUUGGGAUGACCAGUACCACAGAACAACUUUUAGUGGCUUUCUGCUCUUUCCUUCGUAACUGCCAACAUAAGAGCUGAAUACACACAAAGGAUUUCUUUUCUUAAUUUCUGUGCACUGGGUAGAUUUAUGGAAACUGACAGCCAUACAGUAGUUGAUAUGUUUACUAAUUUAUAGCCCAAACUACAUAUUUUAAAUUAUAGUUUCAAGGCAGACACAUACAAUUUGAAGCACUGUUAAAUGACUUUAUGUAAAAUAUUAUUCUGCACUGAAAAAACUAAGGUAAUAGUGAGUUUAGAUUAAUUUACUGACUCACUCUCAAACUUGUUCUGAGCCUCUCACACUCUAAUCCAUAAAGAGAAAAUACAACACUGUUUUCAGUGCAACUAACCACAACCCCAUUCGCCAAAUAAUUAAGAAGUUGUAUAAACUAUAAACAAAACAUAAGCUUCACAGAUGACUUGAUUAUUUAGAGAAGAACUUGCAUAUUUAAACAAGACAGUGCUAAACUGCAUCUAUUACAGCAGCAUGGCUUCGUAGCAGAGGAGUCCGGGUGCUGAACUGUCCUGCCCGCAGUCAAGACUUUUCACCAGUUCAAAGCAUUUGAAACAUCAUGAAACAAAAAUAUGACAAAGAAGACCCCAGACUCAGUUUCCAGAUGUGUACAAUCAGUUAAAAGAAGAGAGGAUGCUACACUUUUGUUGGACUAACAUGGGCCCAUCCCAAUUUUUCUGAGCUGUGUUGCUGCUAUCAAAUUCAAAAUUGCCUUACUUUUUCCUAAAAGGGUACAUUUACUCAUUUUAAAAAUGUUAUACUUCUUCUAUGUUUCUAUUAUGAAUAAAAUAUGGG